UCAGGACUGACGCUGGACGAUAUUGACGUGUUUGAAAUCAACGAGGCGUUUGCGAGUCAGGCGGUUUACUGUGUGGAGAAGCUGAGGAUCCCGCCAGAGAAGGUGAAUCCAAACGGCGGCGCCAUCGCUCUGGGUCAUCCUCUGGGCUGCACCGGAGCUCGACAGGUGGUGACGCUGCUCAACGAGCUGAAACGCAGAGGGAAGAGGGCGUACGGCGUCGUGUCCAUGUGCAUCGGGACCGGGAUGGGAGCAGCGGCUGUCUUCGAAUACCCCGGACCAUAGGAGCACGCCUGUGGUUAUCAUCCGUCUAAUUAACAACCAAUCAGUUAAAAAAACUAAAUCUGUGGCGACACGCCCCGACAGAGCAGGUAGCACGAGAGCGGAGGUCGACGCUUCCUUCACGUGACCAAUCAGAGCAGACGUUGACGGGAGGGGCUCUUAAAGAGACAGGAGCUAAAACCAAGUGUUUGAGACAGAGGCUGAAAGGAGGAGCUGCAGCGAUGGACAGUCUGAGGACAGAGACUCUGAAGAUUACAGCAUGAAGACAUGUGAAUGUAUUUAAUAUAACAUUAAUUAAAAUGAUCAACAUGAA